GCGCUGGUGCAUACGAGAACGACACGUCGUCACUUCACCAUUGUGUCUGUACGUUUUAAUACGGGGAAACAGCUCGGUAUAUCGCGUCAUUAUCAGAAAGCUCGCCUGUUCAUCGUUUAUGAAUCGUUAUCGUGGUUCUAUGAACGUUAAAUAUCUCGUUAAAAUAGGAUAAGCCAAAAAUUAUCAAUAUCAUUUUUAAUCUAUCAAAAUCUCAUUGUUCGGUACUCAAGAUCGUGUAAAAGAAACGUCGAAAGCAAAAAAGGACGACCAUUUGUUUGCAUCGAUCGAUUUAAGAUCGUCGGUACGUGUACGACUAACAAAACAUAAGACAGGAUAUAUUGUGAAUUGUCAAUAUGUUCAGUUGGCUCAGUCGAGAUGAAAAUGGCAAACAAGAUCUCUUUGAGAAUGUUACUGAAGGUCUUAAAAAGAUCUACAAAGCUAAAUUGUUACCCUUGGAACAACAUUAUCAAUUUCAUGACUUCCAUUCGCCUCAAUUGGAUGAUCCAGAUUUCGAUGCAAAACCUAUGAUCCUUUUAGUAGGACAAUAUUCUACUGGAAAAACUACAUUUAUUAAGUAUUUAUUAGAACGUGAUUUUCCUGGAAUAAGAAUUGGCCCUGAACCUACAACAGAUCGCUUCAUUGCUGUUAUGUACGAUGAAAAGGAAGGUGUUAUUCCUGGAAAUGCUUUAGUUGUGGAUCCAAAUAAACAAUUUCGACCACUUUCCAAAUUCGGUAAUGCAUUCCUUAAUAGAUUUCAAUGUUCUACCGUUGCAUCUCCAGUUCUUAAAGGAAUAUCUAUAGUUGAUACACCUGGAAUUCUUUCGGGGGAGAAACAACGAGUAGAUAGAGGUUAUGAUUUCACUGGCGUCUUAGAAUGGUUUGCAGAAAGAGUAGACAGAAUCAUAUUAUUAUUCGAUGCACAUAAACUCGAUAUUUCUGAUGAAUUUAGAAGAUCUAUAGAAGCACUAAGAGGCCACGAUGAUAAAAUUAGAAUAGUUCUUAAUAAAGCAGAUAUGAUAGAUCAUCAACAAUUAAUGAGAGUAUAUGGUGCACUUAUGUGGUCUUUAGGAAAAGUAUUGCAAACUCCAGAAGUUGCUAGAGUUUAUAUUGGUUCAUUUUGGGAUCAACCGCUAAGAUAUGAUGUUAAUAGACGAUUAUUUGAAGAUGAAGAACAAGAUUUAUUUAGAGAUAUGCAAUCAUUACCAAGAAAUGCAGCAUUAAGAAAACUUAAUGAUUUAAUAAAACGAGCUCGUUUAGCAAAGGUGCAUGCAUAUAUAAUCAGUGCAUUGAGAAAGGAUAUGCCAAGUAUGUUUGGUAAAGAUUCCAAAAAAAAAGAACUUAUUAAAAAUUUAGGUCAAAUUUAUGAUCAAAUCCAAAGAGAACAACAAAUUUCUCCUGGAGACUUCCCAGACCUUCGAAAAAUGCAGGAAUGUUUAAUGCAUCAUGACUUUAGUAAAUUUAACCCAAUAAAAAUCAAACUAUUGGAAGUAGUAGAUAAAAUGCUUGCAGAAGACAUUGCAAAAUUAAUGGCUAUGAUACCACAUGAAGAAGUAACUGCCAUGUCAGAACCAUUAAUAAAAGGUGGUGCAUUUGAAGGUGUAGAAGAUCAAAUUAGUCCAUUUGGAUACAAAAGAGGUGAAGGUAUCGAUGCUGGUGCAGGUGAACCUGAAUGGAUUGUUAAUAAAGAUAGAUACAAAUACGAUAGUAUUUUUGAAACGCUUGGUCCAACUGAUGGAAAGAUUACAGGAGCAGCUGCAAAAUCUGAAAUGAUAAAAUCCAAAUUGCCAAACAGUAUGUUAGGAAAAAUCUGGAAAUUAUCUGAUAUUGAUAAAGAUGGCCUUUUAGACUCAGAUGAAUUUGCCUUGGCUAUGCAUUUAAUUAAUGUUAAACUUGAAGGUUAUGAUCUUCCAGCAGAACUUCCUGAUCAUUUAAUACCACCUUCGAAACGAGAUAUUUAAAUUAUGAUCAAAUUAUAUACAGCACUUUACUGAUUAUUGUGCUUGCUUCUCAAUGGUUAUAAAGAAUAUUUAUAUACUUGUAAAAAGAAGAUGUGCGAUACAGAGCUUAAUUGUAAAUGGUAAAUAUUUGGCAUAAUAUCUAAUAAUUGAGAUUUUCAGUAUGGACUGAAGGUAAAUAGAAGUAAUAAAUUCUUUUUGUAAAAAUACCAAUAUAAAGAAGAAUAUUAUUUAAAUGAUUUCUCAGAUUAAAGUAAAGAAAAUCUCAUAACAUAAUCAUAAUGAAAGUAAAAUGUAUAUAUAUUAUAUAAAGAAAAUGACAAGCCAUGUUCAAUUAUAUUUAAUUUUUACAAAUGAUAGUGCAAUCCAGAAAUUUUGAUACAUCAUUAAUAAUAUAACAAUAUUACAAUCUUAUUUAAAAACAUAAAUUUGUAAACGCUGUAUUAAUAGUCUUAUAAUCAUAUAGGUAUAUUGGGAUGCAUAAUAAUAUAAAGUGUUAUGAUAAAUAGCAAAUGAUUUAGAAAUAUCAGUAGCAUUGUCACAUUAUGUGAAAUAUGCUAUCUUAUGUGUAUAUUUUUAUAUAUUGUUAUAUUAUAUGAAAUUAUAUUUAUUAUACACAAACACGCACAUGUGCUUAUAAAAACAACACAAAAUAAAAUUUCUACACUAUUGUUAUUAAUAUUUUGAAAAUUUUUGUAUUACUGUAUUAAUAACACAAUGUUUUUAAAAUUUUCUGUCGAUUAUGCUAUAAUUUCUUGAGAACAUUUAAAUAGUAAAAUCAUGCGUACCUUCUUAAAAUUUGUUAUUUAUAAAAAAAAUAAGAUCCUUUUUUUUAAACAAAUGCUAGAAAAUUAAAUAGAAUUUUUAAAGAUCUAUUCAAAAUUAAUUUUUAAUACACAUAAUACACUGUUCAAGUUCUGAAUACUUUUAAAUUUAAGUAAUGUAUUUUAAAAACAUCUUGUGCAAGUAUAGAAAAAACAGUAAUCAAAAGAAAUGAAAUAUGAUAUACAGUACAGUCUUGUUUAUCCAUGCAUUUAUGUAAAAAACAACUUUUCGUAUUUUUAACUACAUUUUACUUAAAAAAAAUUUUCUCUGAUAAUAUUAAUUCGUAAGAGCAAGAAUUACUUAUGCGCAUAAUAUUUCUUUAAUAAUUGUUAUAUACACAUAUAUAUACAUUUAUUUGGAUAAUCAAGAACAUACUGUAAUAAAAAGAAGCAAACUGACCAAACAUCUAUUGCUAUUAAAUAAUACAUAUGAAGAUUUUAAGUAGUCUAUAUAUAUAGAAAAAUAUAAAAAUUCUUAAACAUUUCCUCUUAUGAGUUACUAUUUAUAGAUAUAUUUAAUGUGGUAUAUCAAUACUACUUAGCUAAUCAUAAAUAUAAUCACUAUUUGUAGCAGAUAAUAGCAGUUUCUCUAUAAAUUUCUUUUAUAAAACUAUAUAACUUGCUAUUGCCAUUCACUUAUUAUUUAUAUAUUUAUGCAUUUAUCUGUAUUUACUCAUAUUUUACACUGCACAUAUUUUGAAUGCUAAAACACUUUAACUUAAUGUUUCCAUAAAAUUUGAUUAUACAUUGGCCAAAUAAUUGUGUUACUUUUUACUUUAUUUAUAUUUGAUUAAAUCACAAGGUUUAGAAACAAAUAGACUAUAAUAUAUAUAAAAAGAUUUUAUAAAAUUAUAUUAACAGAUUACCUUAAUGCAUUUUAUCCAUUAUCAUUUAUUGAUAUGUAUAGUUAAACAUAAAUUUGUGUUUUACCACACCAACCAAAGAUAUGACAUUAAGACUGUAAAAAUCAGUAAAAAAAAUGUGGUUUAUUCAUGGAAUAAUUAUUUAUAUCAUUUCUCAUUUUAAUUGAAUUAUUUAAAAUUGGUUGAUUAAAUUAAAAAACAAAAUAUUGUUUUUCUUUUAUUUAUAUUUUAAUAUUCAAAGCUUGUAUAUAUAUAUAUAUAUACACACACAUAUAUAUAUAUAUACACAGGUUGGUGUUCUUAUACUUACACUGCCUACACGUUUUAUAAUUUUUGUGAUAUAUAAGUAUAACAUAGCAAUUGAAUAGAUUUAUUACAAUGAACACAUAAAACAUGACUCAAACUAAAAAUAUAUAAUUUCUAAUCAGAAUAUAAAAAAUAGAAUAAUUAUUAAAUAUUUUUAGAACACAUUCCAUAUAUAAGAUGUGUCCAAUUUCAUCGUUCAGAUAAAUCUUAAGUUUGAUACAAUAAAAUUUAAAAAUAUCUUUAUUAUAUUGGCUAACUUUUUGCCAAUUAGUUAAAAAAAUAAAUUUAUACGAUUUAGAAAAAUAUAUGGAUUUAAAAAAAAAUUGUUAUACUCGACCGCCGAAAGUGUCUUAUUUUCCAUUUGAAUAUUCACUUUUGUAAAUAUUAUUAAUGUGUCUAUCCUUAUAUAAAUCUUAUAUAUGUAUUUAGUGUCCAAUGAACAGCACUGUACAAAAUAUAAGUAAAGUCACUAUAUAAAAGUAUGUGGAUUAUCUAAAUAAAAUUAUAUAAAAGAUAUGUAUAUGUUAUCCUGCAUAUAUGGUAUAUAUAUAUAUAUAUAUUCAUACAUUUAUAUAUUGACAAAAUUAUUGUUUGCUUUCAUUAAAAAAUAUUUUUUCUCCUGUUUCCUUUAUCUUAUAAAUUUAUUUUAAUUAUGUCAAUAGAUUUCAUUUUGGUAAAACAUGAACUAUUCCUAAUAUUAAAUUAUAAUAAUCAAUAUUAGUAAAGCUAUGUAGUAACGUAUUUGUUAUUAUAAUUGUUUGAAAAAACAUUUAUUCUAUAUUUUUGAUUCGUUUCUUUGUGAAGAGAUACUUUGUUUUUGAUUGUAUUAUCUAUCACAACAUAUAACCUGUAUAAUAAAAUUAAUAAAACAUUAUUUACGAAAGAAAAGACUAAUAUAAUAUUACAGUAUAUAUUUCUGUAAAAACAAUUUAAGAAAUAUCACAGUAAAGAUAUAUAUCAAAUAAACGCGCGCGCGCGUGUGUGUAUGCGUGUGUGUGUAAAAUAUACGAGUAUUUCAUAUACAAGGAAGUUGGAUUGCACUGUAAAUAGUGCAGUAAAAAUUAAAUUAUAUACACAUAUACAUGUAUACAAUUAUAAAAUACCCAUAUUAAAUAUAUACAUAUAAAAACAUAUACUAUAUAUACGUAUAUAUAUUGCUUACGUUGGUUUACAAUGAUUGAAAAUAUUAUUGUUAUUUAAAAAACUAUACACUUUUUGUCAAUUUAUCUUGAUAUAACUUAAUUUUUUAUCAAUUACGCAUUGUUUAUAUUGUAUACAUUAUUUAUCGUUAUAAUUCAUCAUGUUUAUUUUUAUUGUUAGAAUUUAAAAAAUUUAAUACUUUUUCUUUUAUCAUUUCAGAUGAUAUUGCCGUAAUUUUAAAACCCUUGUCAAUAUCCUUUAUGUCAUACUUUCGAUCGUAAAUAAUUAAUGUUGGAUACGCUUUCACGGCUGCUUGUGAACACUGUGUCGGAUAAAGAUUGCAAUUAAGUCGUCCAAAAUAUACCCUGUUGUUAAAUAACUGGAACAAAAAUACAUUUUUGAAAAUUAGCCUUCAUAUCCAUAUUUCAUAUUUAUUGAAAUAAAUAUAUUUCAUAAUUUUUGAAAUGAUAAUUAAUAAACAAUACGAUACAAAAUAAUAAUAUAAUAUAAUAUUAUAUGCACAAACGUAAUGAUAUAUCAAUACCUGUGCAGCAAUUGAAAUAUGUGGAUCUAAUGUUUGACAAUGAUCACACCAAGGUGCAAAAAAAUCUACAAGCCACACAUUCUUUCCAGAAAAAACUUUCUUUCGUAAACUGGUUGGAUCUAAAUCAUACACCUUUGUUGGAAAAUAUUUAGAUAUCCAUUUUAAUAUGUGCAACAUGUUAUGUGAUCCAUCGUAUUUUCUAAAAUUAAGAUAUUUAUUAUUUGUUACUGUUGAUUAUAAUUUUUAAAAUACAAAAUGAAUAUAUUAUAAAAUAUCAGAAUGCCGUUGUUUACACUUACAUUGCUUUAUUUAAAUGUUUGCGUUCUCUUGGAUACAAUCGUAUAGUAGGAUAGCUUCCAACUUCUUGUGACCUGCAUAAAGCAUUUUCUGACUCACAAUCAAUACUGCCUAUUUUUACAAAAGGUAGAAUACGCAAAACUUUAGCAACAGCAGUCCAUUCUGAUGCUAAAUGUUGACAAGGUGCACACCAUCCAACAAAAUAAUCAAUUACCCAUAAUGUCUUAUCUUUUUCUUUGUCAAGAUAUUGAUGAAAAUUCUUAGCAGAUAUUUGUAUAACUAUAUAAAAAUAAUUAAAUUAAAGAUGUGGAUAUUCAAUUACAUAAUAUAUUAUAAAUUUUAUACCUCUUAAUUACCUGAUGGAUUUUGUAUGUCAUUUAUAAAUUGUAUUAUAUUAGCUGAUGUUUUUUGUGCUGUAAAUUGAUAUGUUUUACUUCCAUUUAUAAGCAUCGCAGUUGGAUAAGAACGUAUGUUGUAUUGUCGACAAAUUGUAGAAUGUACAGUGCAAUCAAUCGUACCAAAAUGUACUACUGAUGUAUUGAAUUGCAUAGAUGCCUUACGAAGUUCUGAUAAAAACUGCAUACAUGGAGGACACCAUGGUGCAUACCAAUCAAGAAACCAAACUUCUUUAACUAAAAUAAAAAGAUAAAAGAUUAAAAGAAUAGAAGUAUAAA